CUGAAAACUGUAAAAGCAGUUGGUUUGAUCGCUCCGUAGGACAGUGCGGAGUUAUUGGUUGACUAAUUCCAAUGAUUGGGUCUGCAUAUACUAUAGUACCAGUUAAACUAAAUUAUUAGUAAAUCAGCGUUGGGUGACUCAAUCUCAGUGAAGAUUAGUCGUCAAAAAAGUCAGUAGGCUAGUGCUACACAGCUGAUGAGUGUUCUUUGUUUUGAUAUUAAAUCGAGAUUUACGAAUUUGAUUAUUAUUUUUUGUUCCGGCCAACAGUGACCAGUGAUUUUUUCUUCAAAAACAAAAGCGGUUUGAUACAUACGUCGAUAGUUCUAAAAACGUAUGCCAGCGAAUCUUUGUGCAUUAUGUGCUGCUAAAUUUAACCGCAUUGCGAACAGUAUUGACAAGUGUGAACAAAUUUAUAGUGAAUAGAGGAAAAUAAAUUGUACUCCGGGCUCGCGAAGCUAGAACGAACGCGAAACUACAUAACUGGUGGUGUCGUCUCAAGCAACAAUGAACAUGUCGGCCGCCUUCGUUGACGAAACAUUCGUCUAUCUCUACAGGGAAGUGAUGGAUAACUAUAUGCCAGCGUACUUUAAGCAAAUGGAGUACACCCCGUGGAUAUUUUCACUGAUCGGAUCGGCACUGAUUGGAUUAAGUGGGAUUCUGCCACUGGUGGUAAUACCCGUAGGCGAUAAGGAUAGCAAGGACUUCAAAGAUCCUGCCGAAUCGAAAACACUCAAAGUUCUGCUUAGUUUUGCUGUCGGUGGCCUGCUUGGAGACGUAUUUUUGCACCUGUUACCGGAAGCGUGGAGCAGUGAUGCCAAUGGUUCUGACGAACACCCGUCGAUGCGCAGCGGCCUUUGGGUGCUAGGUGGUGUUUUGAUUUUUACAAUAGUAGAGAAAAUUUUCUCCGGCUACACGAAUGCUGACGAAAACAACCCACAACCGAAGUGCAUCGAGAUUGCAACCUGCUUGUUGCGAACUACCGGCGGUAAAUUACCCGAGGGUUUCGUUGGAAGCUGUGGGCAAACCGGGUCUUGCGAUAUUGAAGAUGUGCCAAACGGAUGCUUCCUGGCAGGGAAAGCCGAAGAACAAAAGGAAUCCGGCAAGAAAGUGGCCGGCUACUUGAAUCUGCUAGCAAAUUCAAUCGAUAACUUUACUCAUGGUUUGGCGGUUGCAGGAUCAUUUCUAGUUUCGUUUCGUCACGGCGUUCUAGCGACGUUUGCUAUUUUGCUUCAUGAAAUUCCUCAUGAAGUGGGAGAUUUUGCUAUCCUUCUGCGAUCAGGUUUCAGUCGUUGGGACGCAGCGAAGGCUCAACUAUUGACGGCUGGUGCCGGAUUGAUGGGUGCACUGGUCGCCAUUGGUGGCAGUGGGGCUACAACUGCGAUGGAAGCACGAACAUCUUGGAUAAUGCCGUUCACUGCUGGUGGUUUUCUGCACAUUGCCUUGGUUACAGUACUGCCAGAUUUACUAAGCGAAACCGAACCACGGGAAUCUGUGAAACAAUUUGCCGCGCUGCUGCUGGGCAUUGGACUGAUGGGCAUAAUGACAGUGUAUCUGGAACACUAAAAAGCAUAGUGUUCGUCGGUGCAUGAUCAAGUGCGUAGGUGGCGAUUGAAUGGCGAGUUCUUCAUCCUCUCAUACCCUUCCCCUCUCUAGUCCCAAGGAUUUUGAAACGAUCCUGGCUUGUAGUGUUACUACUAGUAACACUACAGUAUUUGCCAUACUCCUUUGCAUGUAAGGAUAAAAACAAAUCAAUUCACUAAAUUAUAGUUAUUAAAUUGUACGUAAUCAACUCAAAUUUGUUAAGGUAGAUGUUAAAAAUACGAAUAUUCUAUAUGAGAAUAAUGAUAACGGACGUCCCGUGUCACUUCUAUGGACACAGUUGUGAUAAUGUUGUCAAACAGCAAUCAAAACGGAAAGUAUCGUGUUUUUUUCGCGUUUGUAUAUUUUAUAGAUGGCGUCAGAGUAAUUUUUUUCUCACAUGUUCUUGUUCGUACAUUAUUGUACAUACUUGUUGAUCGACGGCUAAUUUUGUAACGCGCUAGCGUUAAUUGUACUGCACACUCGGGUUUCCAGCGUGAAAUUCCAUGUAAAAAUAGAUAUUGAAUUCUUGUAGA